UAGUUCGCUGUUGACGUCCGUCGCAAGUGCACGUGUAUUGCGCGUUUCGCUGGGGAUUUUGCGCUCGUUUGUUUCGCGCGAUUCAUUCCGCCGCGCGUGCACGUAACGAAUUCGCCGGCAAAACAAAAAAAAAAGGCCAGCAGCAGCAUUGUAAAAUCGGAGAAGAAUUGUUUGGGUGGAACAGUGUGCGUUGUGUGUCCACCAGACCGUUACGAGGAAGAAUAGAACCGGGUUUGUGGUCCACCGGGGAGUGGAUCCGUGGGGGCAUCACUGGUGUGAAACGGUUCUAAAUGGGGAGCUUUAGUUCGGCUCUGACAGAUGAGUGAAGUGCGGAGAGGUUCGUUGCUUCGCUGAAGUUACUGAGGAAAUUACUUGUGAUAACACUGGGGAAAAACCGGAACGUACCUAUAGUGGUAAUAACUGAUAAGCAAAGUAAAAACAUAAACAUCCAGCGUGGUUCCACCUGGCCACAGGUGAAACACCGGUUAAAAAAAACGUCGCGAAUACGGCGCAAAGUAGAGUGAAACGAAAGUGUCAAGCCACGUUAAAGCCCGCGGGUACGGUACAUGAAUAUAGAUCCAAUUAUUCUGGCCCGGAAGCGCCCACUGGAGCGUGAAGUACGCGGUUCGUAGCGGGCCCUAAAAGUGGCGCGUGUGCGCGAAAUUCACUACAAACCAGCGCCGAAUGUGUAAAAUCAUCAAUUUUUGGCGGAUUAUUACGCCGAUUAAGCACGGUCGGCCACCGAAUAGUGCCCAACUCUACAACAGCGUGUUGUUGUGAUUUCCACCAUCCAAGUGUUGUUUGUAGCACACCGAAGAGCGAAGAAUAACAAAUCAAAACAAACCCUCGAUGGAUUCAACGCAAAAACGGACCCCGUUCGUUCCGUGGUGAGGUUUCGUCAGGUUUCCAUGGUGACUUUCUUCAAACAAAACCUGGCCAACUUUGUCGGAGGAUUAUCGAUUUUGCCCACAGUCUGUUACAACGACACAGCGUUUGCUUUGAUGAAACCGAAAAGAAUCUGACACGAAAGUAGUGCAUUGUAUGUAGUUUUAGCGUGCGACGUGUAGAGUGACACGAAAUUCGUGAGUGUAACAGAAUCCACCGGGAAGAACAUGACUCGAAGGGGCCACAUCUUGCCAGCACUCAGCUGCUGGCUGCUGCUGUUAGUGACAGUUCUAGGCCUGAUGCCAGGAUCGUCCUCGUCCUCGUCGGUGUACAUCGACAAGUCGGCCUACCGGAACGUAGUCAUCGAAAUACGGGACAAUGUGCCCGUGGAGAACUGCCAAUCGAUCUUGCACAAUCUGGAGAUCAUGCUAACAUCUGCCUCGCAGUACCUGUUCUCGGCUCUGGACGGGCGGGUGUACUUUGGCGAAAUCUCCGUAGUUCUGCCGGCCCGCUGGCCCAACUCGUGCAUCCCGUACAACCAGACGAGAACUUCGGCGGGAGGCGACAGGGCGGACGUCACGAUUCGGUCGCACACCCGCGGGGAGUCGUUGAUCUGGACGGAUCAGUAUGCCGGAUGUGGCGAGCCGGGAGAUCAGAUCUACAUCGAUUCCGAGGUCUUGGGGAGGGACACGAUCGGGCGGGAGUUUGUCCGCGAGUGGGCCAAGUAUCGGUAUGGAGUGUUUGAUGAGAUCGGGUAUGACAAGGAUCCGGUUUAUCCGAGGUGCUACAUCAACGACGAUCAUGAGGUCAAGCUGACUGGGUGUUCGGACGCGCCUGUGAAUGAUCAUGGACUCUGCGGAAGUCCGACAUCGGCGCCCAUGCCUUACAAUAUCAGCGAUAUUCUCGAUCGUAAUGCACGUACCAGUAUCAUGUUCGCAGCGGAAGCUCCAUCCGUAGCGAUGUUCUGCGACGAAGGUACCCACAAUCGGUACGCCCCUUCCAAGCACAACCAAAUGUGUGAUCGUCGUAGCACCCUGGACGUGAUCCUCAAACACCCAGACUUUGCCAGCGAAAGCCCAAUCGCCGUGAACCCCUCUGUGAUCAUCAACACCACGCCCAAGUUCAGUUACAAAACCCGCAAAUCGACUCGCUACGUGAUCAUCAUUGACGAAACGCUCGACAUGCAACUGCGCGAGUCCUGGAGCUUCCUGCGAAGCGCUAUCCGUAAAUGGGUCGUGUACGACCUCCCAGCCAACACCGAAAUCGGAAUGGUCCUCGCGAACGACACCGCCACCGAGAAGAUGCUCCAAAUAUCGUCCCUCCACCAACAAGAGAACAAAGACCUCGUAGCGUCCUUCAUCCCUUACUCUCCAAGUGAUUCACGACAACCGGCUUGCCUAACCUGUGCCAUAUCGGACGCGAUCAGCAUGCUGAACGAGCGAACCCGCCAGCACGGGUCCGCCAACUCCGUCAUCAUGGUCAUAGCGCCCGGUAUGGACUUCUCCAUCGAUCACAAAUCGCUAGCAAAUGCGGCACGUGCCUCCAAGAUCCGCAUCACUACGAUCAACUAUCCCAACGUGAUCCGACGUCAACCGCUGGACGCCCUGGCCCACGGCACCGGUGGCGCUGCCUUCUCCGUGUUCGAGUGCAAGUAUAACGGAGAGAAGACCUACCUGACGACCUACUUCGAACUCACCAACGUCCUGUUCAACGUCGGAAAACUCUACUACGAAGGCAACACCAACGAUCUUCCCGUAGAAAUCUACCGCAAAGAGCUCGUCGACGUGAUCGACGAUUCCAACCAGAUUUCCAAGCGCACCAGCCGCACCGUCACCGGCAGCUUCAUGCUGGACUCCUUCAUGGGACCCCCCGCUUACUUUUUCGUUUACAUCCACAACCCGGAGAACCCACUGAUCACCAACCUCAAACUGACCAGCCCCAACGGAAACGUCUACACGUCGCGCAGCGACGCUCGCUCCCUCGUAAAGCAACUCAUGAUCUCGGCGGUCCUCAACGAAACCGGCACCUGGACGUACACGAUCGACCGGUUCAACGGAAACCCCCAACCGCACUACGUUCAGGUCAUCGCCACCCCCCGCUCCAAGUACGCUCCGGUCAUCCAGGCGCGCUCCUGGAUUCACCAGAGCCGAUCCGGCGGACCUCCGAUCAUCUACGCCGAAGUGAAAAAGGGAGACCUCCCGGUCAGCUCCGCCCUGGUCGAAGUGACCGUCACCCGCCCGGACAAGGUUUGCCAAGCGGGCACCGGUAUGGUAACGGAGUGCCGAGAAAAGCUGAAGCUGCUCGACACGGGUGCCGGCGAUCCGGACAUUACGAAGGGCGAUGGAGUCUACUCGCGGUACUUUAACGCGGAAGAGUUUGGCGGCGCCGGGGCGUACCAGUUCGAGGUGACCGUGAGUGACAAUGGGAACACGGCGUACUCGCUAUCGGAGAGUGCCAGCUAUGGAGUGAACCCAACCAACUCGAAACGUUGCUGCGGAAGUGCGAUCACGAUCCCGUUGAAGCAACCGCUGACGCCGUUCCAGCGAACGCUCCAGCCGAUGACCGUGUUCGUAACGCUAGAUCAACUCAACGACGAGAACCGACGGCUGGUGGGUCGCAUCAGCGAUCUCAGCGCUGACGUCGAAGGCAGGAAGGUUCGCCUCGGUUGGACGUCUCCGGAUAUGGGCGGGAAAACGGUCGCUCGGUACGAGGUCAAAUACGCCACCACGAUUAAGGACAUUGUGGACAACUUCGACACAGCGGCAGUGCUGUGGCAUCACGAUAAUCCGUUGACCUACUCGAUUGGUGAUGAUAGUACGUUUACAAUGAACAUUACCCACGAGCCUCAUUUGAUCGGGCAGAUCUUGUACUUUGCCGUGAGACCGUAUUCGAAGCUUACAAAGGAUGCUGAACCGGGACCGAUUUCGAACUAUGUUCGAGUGUUUGUCCCGAAGCCAAAGCCGACCACGAUGUACCCUUCUUCCAGUUCAAGCGGAACAGAGAGUUACGACUCGAUUUGGUCCUCGUACGAUGGUAUCAACAAGCACCACGAUGGAAUGGACAUCAUUCCGAGGAUCGCCAAAACCAUGGACCUCGGUCUAGAGUUGCUACUUCCGAUAAUUGCCGGAGUUAUCCUGCUGCUAGCGCUCAUCGUGGUCUACUGCUACUUCUGCGUUGUCAAGAAGCGUCACGAUACCCACGACGACGAGCAGAAGAAGCCAAUCAAGUCGUUCAAAAGUGAUCACAAGCUGUCGAACAGUCACAGCGUGAUCGUCACUGCCGGAAAUGCAUCCUCACCGUCGUCAAACUCCACCACUUCAUCUUCAUCCUCCCCAAACCACGCAAACCACCAUCCGCACAUGCCAAAUUCAGUGUCCUACGACAUGAACCUCAACGAUCACCAAACAGUUGGAAUACCGACGAUUUACAGCAUCGACGACGAAAUGAUGCUCGCCAAGAAGCGAUACAGCACGAUGGGACCAACCCACCCGAUGGAACAACAGCUUAUCGAAGAACUGAAGCAACAGCAGCACAUCAUCGACUCCCAGUCGUUCCUCGUCCCAACCAGCAACAACAACAACUGCGCCGUCAGCAUCAUCUCCACCGCGUCCAACAACACCACGCUUACCCGUACCUACAACCCCAAUCCGACGAUCCCCGGAGGUCGUACCCUUAGCCCUUACGAAUCCUGGUCCGCGACGCAACUUCUCCAAGAGCACGAUCACCAUCACCCACACCACCAACCAACCCUAAUGGACGACCUUGUAGACAACAACGUACCCCAGCAGUUCUACCAAACCCAGCCGCACUCCCAGCACGAUCAGAUGUCCCUGCUAAACAACAAUCACCUGCACGAAAGCACCCCGCCGGUCCCACCCCUGCCAAUCUACACCACGUCCAACAGCAACAACGGCGGUUACAUCCCCUCAAACCACGGCUCCAACAGCAGUCUCGGAACGGCGACGCAAAACGGAAGCAUCAGCGGAACCGACACCAAGAAGCGACGCAACGUGACCAUGGUCUAAGGUGACCCCCUUUCCCGGUCGCUGGGGCAAGUGGGUACAUUACCCGCUUUAGUGCAAGAAGCGAGGGAAGCUACAGAUUUGGAUUUCUGAAUUGUUUUUAUUUACAUGCUUUUCAAUCAAAUCGAGCUAGUCAAAUUGGAUAAAAUUUUAAUUUAAAAAAGAGACCUUUAUUCGAUUUCUACGAUUUCCUAAGAAGAGGCCAGCAUUGUGUCAAGUAAAUUUACGUUUUAACCUUCGUUAGUUUUUAUACAAACUAUUGUUUAUAUUUUAUUAUUUGUAAAAAGUAACCCCCCAAAUCGAUAAAACAAUCUUUUAGAUAGGCGAGAAGCAAGAAAACGGUAAAUUGCAAACGUGAGAGCAUUUAUAGAACUAUAUUAUUAGAAGUGUAAGUGGAAGAAUGAAAUCCUAAGAUUAGUGAGGCGCGGACACGAAGCCAGAGUAUCUAUAGAUUUAGUAGCAUUACGAACAAUUUGAGCGCACCGUCAACCCUUCGCCGGGUGAAACCUGCUGUAAACUAAAUAAAAAUCCUGAACUACCAACCUACAAACAAACCUGUGGCAUUCAAUAUUUAUUGUGUAACUGUGUAAGAAGAAUAGAAAACACUAUGGAUGGACUGGAUUGCGAUGUUUCAGUCCAAGUUUAUGAGCUUAAGGCUUUAGUGGUUAAGAAAUUGUGAUGUUUGAACUUAUGUAAUACUUAAUAGUAUUAUAAUAAACAAACUGGAGUGACCAAGUGGUGUGCUGUAUAAUGAAACGGAUAAGAAUGUGUAAUGAACUAUUUUUCAACCGAAAGAUGCGAAAAAUCUCAUUAGCCUGUAAGCUGUAAAUAUGUUUUAAAACAAAUGGAAAUAAAUGAAAAUGUCAAUUCAAA